GAACGUCGAGGGAGCGGGAGGGGCCAUCCCAGGGGCCUCCAGCCCCGUCCUCCCCUCGGGAAUCCCAGCAUUAUCUGUCCAGGGGCGGCUCGGCGCCCCGCCACCUCAGAAACCCAACUGUAGUCUACCGGGAGCCUAGCCUGGGGAAGGUUGGACCGGGAGCGCCACAGGGGCCAGGCUUGCCCGGGAAACGGAGCUGCGUAGGUCCUGGAGAUGGUACUCAUCCUGGCCUUGGGAAGAAACUCAAGAAGUUUUUGAGACUUAAAGCUUAGAUGGGGUUGACUUCUGUUGGGCAACCCCUAGCUGUAGGAAUUCCCCUGCUGAGCAGAGAAGAUGACUGCAGAAUUGAGAGAGGCCAUGGCCUUGGCCCCUUGGGGCCCAGUGACAGUGAAAAAGGAGGAGGAAGAGGAAGAAAUCUUCAUGGGUCAGGCAUCCAGCCAGCAAGUGCACUCCGAGAACAUCAAAGUCUGGGCUUCUAGGGAGAAUCCUCAGACAGGCCUUGAUGUAUCAGAACAGGAGGAAAAGGGUCAAAACAUGUUCUGGGACAUGGCUUUAGUCCUGAAUCCAGCAAUGCAGGAGGCAUCUGCUGCUUCGACCCAAGGCAACUCCUCAUUACCGGGCACUCUGGCCAAAAGCGAGUUACGGGAGACUCAUGGGAACGUGACCUAUCUAGAUGCUGAAACCAAGAACCCACAGUUAUUGGUUCCAAAAAUUGAGAUCUGUGAUGAAGCAGAAAAGUCCUUCAUAAUACCAGAGAGAAUGGAGAAAGCUGACUCUCAAGGACCUGAGUUAGGAGAAGCCGGUGAAAAAGGGAACAUGUUAAAGAGGCAGAGAAUAAAGAGGGAAAAGAAAGGUCCCAGACAGGUGACAGUGAAGGACUGUCAGAUACCUGAUAACUUCAAAGAAGAGGAAGACCAGAAAUGUCACACAUCUGAAGAACGAUACAGCCUUGGUUCUGGCUCUGUUAAAAAUCAGAAAAGCCAACCUGGGCAGAAACCUUUUACAUGUAGCGUGUGUGGGAAAGGCUUUAGUCAAAGUGCGAACCUUGUAGUGCAUCAGCGAAUCCACACUGGGGAGAAACCCUUCGAAUGUCAUGAGUGCGGGAAGGCCUUCAUUCAGAGUGCAAACCUUGUUGUGCAUCAGCGAAUCCACACCGGACAGAAACCCUAUGUUUGUUCAAAGUGUGGGAAAGCCUUCACUCAGAGUUCAAAUCUGACUGUACAUCAAAAAAUCCACUCCUUAGAAAAGACCUUCAAGUGCAGUGAAUGCGAGAAAGCCUUCAGUUACAGCUCCCAGCUUGCUCGGCACCAGAAGGUCCACAUCACAGAGAAAUGCUAUGAAUGUAAUGAGUGUGGGAAAACGUUCACUCGGAGCUCAAACCUCAUCGUCCACCAGAGGAUCCACACGGGGGAAAAGCCCUUUGCUUGUAAUGAUUGUGGCAAAGCCUUCACUCAGAGUGCAAAUCUGAUCGUGCACCAGCGAAGUCAUACUGGUGAGAAGCCAUACGAGUGCAAAGAGUGCGGGAAGGCCUUCAGCUGUUUUUCACACCUUAUUGUACACCAGAGAAUUCACACAGCAGAGAAGCCUUAUGACUGCAGCGAGUGCGGGAAGGCCUUCAGUCAGCUCUCCUGCCUGAUCGUGCACCAGAGGAUUCACAGCGGGGAUCUUCCGUAUGUGUGUAACGAGUGUGGGAAGGCCUUCACGUGCAGCUCAUACCUGCUUAUUCACCAGAGGAUCCAUAACGGGGAGAAGCCAUACACGUGCAACGAGUGCGGCAAGGCCUUCCGGCAAAGGUCAAGCCUCACGGUGCACCAGAGAACCCACACGGGGGAGAAGCCCUAUGAAUGUGCCAAGUGCGGCGCGGCCUUCAUCUCGAACUCGCACCUAAUGCGGCAUCACAGAACCCAUCUGGUGGAGAGCACCUAGAGGCCGAGUAAGACCCCCGGGUGCUCUGCUGUUUUCCCCUCCUUUGUGGGAAAAAAAAAAAAUGAGGCCUGCUCUGCCCACUAAAGUAACAGUUUUUAAGAGUGCAGCACAAAACACAUGAUAAGCAUUUCACAGGCAAAUUUAAAGAAAAUGGAAACGAAGGCCUCCAGGCAAGGAUGUUGUUUUUAAUGGUGCCCCCAGCAGUCAUGUUGUCUGAAGUGCAGUGGCUUUCUUAGAAGUAGGUCAUGCAGAGCUCAGUGAUAAAGAUCUCUUUGGGGGAAAGGUAUUUUUCACUAAUGUUGUUUAAAGCUCUGGUACGAUUUCUUGAGCAAUGGCAGAUUACUGGUGUAGGCCUGUCUGCUGGAUUCCAGAGUUUUGAACCUUGUAUUCUAGUAUUUGGGGUUAAGCAAUGGCUAGUUAAGGAAAUCACCUGGGGUAGCAACUCACCAACAACUCACCUAUGAAUAUUUUUAAGCUUUCUAUUUCUUGGGUAAUUUUUUUUUCAAGUAAUUAAAACAAAAACAAAAACAAAAAAAACUACCUUUCUAACCAUCUACUGCUCCUAAAAUGGAUGGAAAUAGGACAUGGUUGUUUCCCUUAUCAUCUGAACCUUGUGAACCUUAUAUGGUAAAGCUCUGGGGACCUCAGAGGAUUCUCUUCUCACCGUUUCCCAGCCUGCAUGACCAAGCACUUGAGGAUUGAUAGAGACAGCACAUCGGAGUUACAGAUGCUGCUGGGCUGUGUUUCUUUGCUAAAAUCAACAACCCUUCCAGUACCUGAAGCCCAGUUGGCACUACAUUCCAUUUGAGUGAGGUGCUGCUAACAGCCCUCUUCCCUGAUGGAGGAGUCAGAGAAUGAAGCUUCCCCAAGGGCAUGCCCACAUUGUCUCUGCUCUCAUCCUGCUCAUGCUCAGCCAGGGUGCUCAGUUUGGUUGUCAUUGUUACAAUUUUGGAUAGACUUUAGACGAAAUCAUGGAGCCCUUCUAAUUCUGAGAGGACCAAAGAGGGAAGUGAGCGGGAGGAGGCAGAGUGGCACUCCUUAGGUCUUAAUUUGUUUUUCUAGACGUUCAGAGGUAUUGGACUAUGACAGCUUUUAGAAGGAUGAAUCAACUGACUAAGGUAAGAUACCUUUGUUACCACUGGGCCUUUACUCCUGGAAAAACAGUUUUGAAAACUAUGCAAUAGGUAGAGUUAUGUAAUAAUAUUGCCUUGUAUUUAUAUUGAACUUGAUUUCUUUGUCUGUGUACCUUCAUGUGUAGAGUCCUGAUACCUCGUGCUUUCACAUAGACCAUACCUUAACCCUUGUAACAUUGAAAAAGGUAUUUGCCUCCUUUACCCAAGAGAGGUCAUUUAACUCAAGAGCAAGUAACAAGUGGCAGAACCUGUGUUAGGACCCAGGUACUAAAUCUAGGUUCCCUUUGCUCUGCCAUAUUCCUGCUAGAUCUCACCACCUGAAACACUACCUGGCUCUGUGGAAGAGCCUGAGAAAGAGGUAUAUACUCUCAUUUUUAGGUGAGGAAGUUGAGGUGACAGAUUUUAUGGGUGUGCCUUAGGCAGUGUGAUGAGCAAGCAGCAAAUCUAAGACUGGGGUUUGAAUCUCCUGAUUUCUCCCUCUGUCUAUACUCCCACUCUCAUCGUUCAAGAGGAUUUAUCAUAAAUGCUGUACCUGGUGAUAGCAGCUAGAAGCAACUUUCGUGCAUAAGCCCAUGCAUUUAUUGUCUUAUUUCCAUAAGACUAAAUAUUAGUUAGUGAGUGUUUUGUAGUUUACAGAGCACUUUGACCUACAGAAGGCAUUCACACGAAAUUUAUUAACUUCUUAAUUUUUUUCCCCUUUAAUCACGAUCUUUUUUCUUUUUCUUGCUGCUCCUCAGCACGUGGAGUUCCUAGGCCAGUGAUCAGAUCUCAGCCACAAUCUCGACCUAAGUUGCAGCUGUGGCAACUCUAUAUCCUUAACCCACUGUGCCAGGCCGAGGAUCAAACCUGCGUCCCAGCACUCCCAAAAUUCCACCAGUCCUGUUACACCACAACAGGAACUCCUAACCUCAGCCUUUAAUCAGAGCAUGUGUGACUUCUUUUCCCAGUUUCACUCUAAAUCAUAUAGACACAAAUACAAAAAAGUCGCUAGGUUUCAAAAGUAAGAAUGGAAGUUCCUGUUGUGGCUCAGUAGGUUAAGAAUCCAGUGAGUAUCCAUGAGGAUUCAGGUUCAAUCCUCUGGCCUCACUCAAUGGGUUAAAAUCCUGCAUUGCCAUGGCUUUGGUGUAGGCCUACAGCUGCAGCUCCGAUUCUACCCUGCCAUGGCUUUGGUGUAGGCCUACAGCUGCAGCUCCAAUUCUACCCAGAGCCUGUGAACUUCUGUAUGCCACAGGUGCAGCCAUAAAAGGAAAAACAGAAGAAUAAAAAGUGCUACUGCCCUCAAGACCCUAAUAGCAACUCUUGCUCUCUCCCUUUCUCGGAGAUCCAAAGAUAGCACUAUGUGUCUCUCCUGAGAUUAGGAAAAGUUAGAUUUUUUUUUUCUCCCUGCAUGCUUAGGAAUCUUAGGGGAGGGAGAGCAAGUUUGAAGAUUUAGGGUAAAUCUCUGACCUUUACCCACCAAGAGGCCAAAAGUGCUUUCCUGAAGGGUACCAACUUGGAGUUCCCAUCGUGACACAGCAGAAACGAAUCCGACUAGGACCUGUGAGGUUGCAGGUUCAAUCCCUGACCUCACUCAGUGGGUUAAGGGUCCGGUGUUGCCGUGAGCUUUGGUGUGGGUUGCAGACACGGCUCAGAUCUUGCAUUGCUGUAGCUGUGGUGUAGGCAGGUGGCUACAGUUCUGAUUAGACCCCUAGCCUGGGAACCUCCAUAUUGCCAAGGGUACAGCCUUAAAAAGACAAAAAUAAAUAAAUAAAAACUUAAAAGGUAUCAACUUGGGUUUGUGGCCAUUAAGAUUAAACUGUUUGAGCUUCACAUUGUGUAUUCCUCUUCAUAACUGAAUACUCAGUCAUGGAUGAUUGCGAUCUCCUCGUUCGAGAUUUCUAUUCAUUGGGAGGUCAGAAGAGCUACCCAGGUGAUGGCAAUAUAAAACUAGGUUUGGGGAUCACUGACCCAAACUUGCAGCAAAGCAGUGGUUUUUAACCUUGACUCCGUGUUGGAAUCAUCUAGGGCACUUGACAAUUUUUAUGUUCCCAGGCCUCAGUAUUUUUUAAAACUCUGGAGGGAACUCCAGUGUGCAUUCAGUGGCAUCCAGAACCCCUACAGUCAAGUAAAAGCUGCAGGCCACCGCUGUCUGUGAUCCAAGUUAGUCAGUGAGUGUUUUGUAGUUUACAGAGCACUUUGGGUCUUUCCACUCUGAGAAAGGGAGAGAGCUCUGGUGUGAAGAUCUGGAUGUGUUCUGUUUCGGCAAAACAGAACACUAACUACAUUGGCUUCAAUGCCUCUGACAACCCUUGGCUGCUGGAUCUCUGUGACCUAACUUAUUAUAUUUGUUUUUUUGUUUUGUUUUGUUUUUUUUUGUCUUUUGCUAGGGCUGCACCCACGGUAUAUGGAGGUUCCCAGGCUAGGGGUCUAAUCAAAGCUGUAGCCGCCGGCCUACACCAGAGCCACAGCAACGUGGGAUCCGAGCCGCGUCUGUGACCUACACCAUAGCUCACAGCAAUGCCUGAUCCUUAACCCACUGAGCAAGGCCAGGGAUCGAACCCGCAACCCCGUGGUUCCUAGUUGGAUUUCUAAACCACUGAGCCACCACGAGACCUCCUAUGUUUUUAUUUUAAGAUACCAUGAACUUCAUUUAAAUGAGCAAACUGAGUUCUUUUUUGUUUUGUUUUGUUUUGUUUGUUUUGUUUUGUCUUUUUGUUUUUUUGCCAUUUCUUGGGCCGCUUCCACAGCAUAUGGAGGUUCCCAAGCUAGGGGUUGAAUCGGAGCUGUAGCCACCAGCCUACGCCAGAGCCACAGCAACGUGGGAUCCGAGCCGCGUCUGCAACCUACACCACAGCUCACGGCAACGCCGGAUCCUUAACCCACUGAGCAAGGCCAGGGAUCAACCCCACAACCUCAUGGUUCUUAGUCGGAUUCGUUAACCACUGAGCCACGCCGGGAACUCCCAAACCGAGUUCUAUAACAUGCUUUUUUAUGUCCCUCAUUCAAGAAAAUGACUUUUUACAUUUCUGCUUGUGUUUUAUCUCCAGGUCUGAGUUUCUACAAAUCUGCACCCAGGUUUAGAACCCCCAGUCCAUACAAAUCAUGUUAUCCUAGUGCUUUACUAGGCAGAUCAGGUCCUUCCCCAGAUCAUAGCAACUCACCCUCCCAGUUCCAUUGAGCCCUCAAGCUGCCACCUACCUUUUUGUGUAAGGUUCUGAUAGGAAAGGAGUGACUACACCUUGUUGUCAGACUUGGCUUAGGUUUGCCUUUUCCUUGGGGCCAUCUGCCUUCUCUCUGGGCUGCUCUUGCUCGAAGUAGAUAGGAACUUGGACGCCCCAUUUUCUUAAGUUGCUAAGAGCUGUCAGACAAAGAGCCAGGCCUAGCAGUGUGCAUUGAGGAGAAAGUGAAAAGGUCUGUUUUUAUCCUGGAAUGAGAUGUGUGUUAAGUGGAGCACAGGAAUGCGAAAGGGAUGAUGAAAUCAGGUAAGGGUGCUUUGGGAGCUCAGGAGAGAGAUUAUUCACACACACACACACACACACACACACACACACACACACACACACACGUGUGCUCAGGAAGCUAGUCAUUCCUCUGUGUUCUGCGUCCCCUCCCUUCCCUAGGCAGUUGUUGCUCUCCCACUCCUGUCACUUCUGUCUAGUCUUUCUGGGGUCACAGCCCCUUCAAUAAUAGGAUGGAGGCUGUGGAUCCUCUUCGGGAGAAACUCCAGUUACAUAUUCGGUUUUGUGCUCAUUUCUGGAGGCAUGUAAGCUCUCUGAGGCAAAUCCAUGAAUCCUUUAGGGCCUCAAGUCCUACCUGGGGGUGCACUACAAAAUCGUGACAUUUUUUAAAAUGAGGUGAGACUAUGGAAUCGCUAAGGUUGUUGUCCAGAUACUUAAUCUUUUAAAUCUUGCUCCUCCCGGAUUCCUUUCCUCAGCAAAUGGCAGCAUUUCCAGCAUCCAGACUGGAAGCCCAGGAAGCAUUUCUGGCUUCCGAUGAUAUAUUGUGUCAAUUACAGAAAUAUAUAUUAUGCACCCUGUUUGUAGCAAACAUGGUGCUAGAUCCUUGGGUGCCAAAGCAAACAAAGUCUAUCACACCCCUUUUUCAUGUCUCGUACAGGAAAAAUGUCUGGAUCCCUUGCCAUGAUUUACUAAGAUCUUCAUGCUCGCUUUACAACCUCAUCGCUUUACUUCCCAUGCACCUUUUACUGCAGCCCGGAGACACUGCUUGCUCUCUGUGCCUUUGCUCUUGCUGUCCUUGGUGCCUGCAAUGCCUCACCACCACACCCCACACAGCCCCUGCCUGCUUUGCCCCACAUGUAGUUUCUUUGAGGAUUGGCUCAAGCCCAUCUCUGGGAAAUCUCUGACUGCCCUUUGGCCAAGAAGUAUAUUUAGAAGUACAGAAGAGCAUGAUAGGUAUCCAGAGAUUUACUUUAUGCUUUAAAGUGAAGAAGAUCCAGUAGUUCUCUUGUGGCACAGUGGGAUAAGGAUCCAGCAUUGUCACUGGAGCAGCUUGUGUCACUGUUCCAGGAACUUCCUGGCCCAGGAACUUCCACAUGCUGCAGGUGCAGCCAAAAAAUAAAUUGAAAAAUAAAUAAAGUGAAAAACAUCUAGAUUCAAAGUUGUGUGUAUAGUACAGUUCUCAUAUAAUGUUGCUAUGUAUACUUAUACUAUUAAAAAUAUCUAGAUAAAUUACCUAAAAAAUAGAAGAAAAUGUUUUAAAUGGUUAUGUGACUUACAGCCAUACAAAUGGUAAAUUGCAGAGCUUGGGGUCAAACCCAGGUCCUGUGGAAUUAUGGGUGAUUAAACAUUUUUUUAAAUGUAAUUUCCAGAGUUCACAUUGUGGCUCAGUGGGUUAAGGAUCCAACAUUGUCUUUGUGAGGGCGCAAGUUUGAUCCCUGGCCUCGCUCAAUGGGUUAAGGACCGUUGCUGCAAGCUGUGGCUUAGAUUGCAGAUGCCACUCAGAUCUGGUGUUGCUGUGGCUGUGGUGUAGGCCUGCAGCUGCAGCUCUGAUUCAACCCCUAGCCCAGGAGCUUUCAUAUGCUGCAGGUGUGGCCAUAAAAAGGAAAAAAAAGUAACUUCCAUAUUUUUAUAAGUAAUAAAAAUUUUAUAAUCAGGAAAAUAUAAAUUAUUUAUUAUAAUUACAAAUUUAGUUUAUCUGUUAAGUAUAAACAGUAUCAUUCUCCAUUUUGUGGAAUGUGAGAUGCACCCUGCUUCUGUCUCCUCUCCUUUCCCACCUCUCUGCCUCUGACAAUGUCAAGUCUGAUAAUUCUUAAAUUCUGUUCUGUAACCAUAGUCUUAUGUUUUGUUUAUUGACUUGUUCUGAAAGUUGAAAUAAACAGCAUGAGUAUGAUUAUGACUGUGUAAAUGUUGUUCACUGCAGAUCUAAGUAGUUUAUUUUGAUAUAUUUCCCUUUUUGGAGCAGCAUUUUUUUUUUUACUGAAGUUUCCAGUUGUCUUCCUUUUCCCUCUGUGUUGGUUGCUUUUAACGCAUCCUCGGUGACUUUCAAAUUCUCCAUCCAAUUCGAUACUCUUUGAGUCCCCCUUUCUCCUGUAUAUUUCCCUUCUAGAGACCUCCAGCCUCUUUCUCUAGUCUAUCCUUGCUGUUCUUUCUGCUACUGGCAGUUGGUACACUGGGCUCCAUUGUAUCCUAAAUUCCACAUCUGCCUCUUCGUUUACACUCUCACUUCACUGCAGCACAUCGAGUCGCUUGCCAAGAAAGAGUGUGUGAACGGCAAAGUUGUUGGGUGCUUUAUAUAUCUAAAACAACUUUCUCUGACCUCAUACUUGAUUGGUAAUUCCAGACUGGCUCUGGAAUUCUUGGUUGAAAAAUGUCUCUCAAAGUUUUGUAGACAAUGCUUCGCUGACUUAAAGCAUCCAUUGUUACUAAUGAGAUGUCUGCUUCCAGUCUGAUUGUUAUUCCUUUGACAAUCAAUAAAUAGAAUUUACACUAUUGUGGUCUGUUUCCCCGUCCCUUGGAAAUUUUUUAAAGUCUUCUCUUUAUCCUUCAUAUACUCAGUUCCCUAAUGUGCUCAGUGGAAUUUUUCAAUCCAGCGACUCAGGUACUUCUACUGUUAGAAAUUUUCUAUGUUAUUUUUGUGACAACUGUCCCAUGUUUUUUUUGUUUUCACUUUUUCUGAAAUUCCAGUCAGUGAAAUGUUGGACCUUCUAAAUUAUUAGAAUAGUUGACCUCCUCAACUAUUUUUUCUAUUAUUUCCAUUUCCUGUCUUGUGCCAUUUUCUGGGAGAGUAUCUUGACUAAUUUUCAACCUUUCUGGUAAAAUUUUAUUUUGGCAGUUACUAGUUUAAUUUCUAAGAGCCUUUUCUUGUUUCCAGUUUGUUUCCUUUUUUGUAGCAUACUAUUCUAAUUUUAGAGAUACCUCUCAAAUCUGACUGUUCUAAUUAGAAGGGUUUUCCUAAAAGUCUCUUCUAUCACCUGAAUUGUCUCACCACCUUCAUUCCCCUAUUGCAGGUCUUGUUAUCUUGUUUACUCUUUUUGGAGAGUUUCCUCAAAAAUAUGUUGUGAUUCUUACUGAUACACACACACAUAUGCACACACAAGCACACAUGCAUGUAUCCAUGUGUGAGGGGAGGGUGAGUAGUGGAAUUGGCUCAAGGCUUCCCUCUGGAGUGCUUAGUAGUGAGCAGGCUGCUUCCCUGGAGAUCUCUAAAUGCUAGAAUGCAGAGAUCUUUUGGCUGGGGCUUUUACAUUUUUUUAAAACAAAAAGUCCUCUGAUGUUUUUGUCCGGGGUUUGGAUGAUGUAAGUGCUUCUCUGAAGUGGCAGAGAAGGGAAUCAAGUGUUAUUACAGACUUUCAGUGAAUGCCCUUAUUUUUAGCACCACUUCUCCUUCCCACCCUUCCUUGUACCUGGGGUUUCCAGGUCCCAAGUCAGCUGGGGUUUGGCAGGUAGCUCAGCUCCCUUCUUCCACUACACUGCCCUCAGCAAGUGUGUCAAGCCAUUACUCCUUCCCUUCACCUCACUUUUGUCUGUUACCGCUUCAUCCAUUUUCCAUCUUCUAAACAUCUGUCCUCCUUGUCCCAUCAUUCUUGUUUAUAUACUUUAAGCCAUUUUAACCCAUUAUUAUUUUAAGGGAAGCUAAACGAUUUAAAAAAGAGUAUUGAUGUUCCUUGGAUGCAGUAGUACCACUUUUAGAAAGCUGUCCUAAAAACAAAUGUUUUGACAAUGAUUUAUUUGCUUCUCAGUGUUAGUAUUUUACAAAAAAAAAAAAAAAAAUGCAAACAAGUCAAGUGACUAACAGUAGGAGAAUGAUUAAGUUA